GAUACACCUGUUUGGCAGGUGUGUCUCGGUGCUCGCUGUGUUUCAGUCACAGUCGUAGCCGCGGAGGUUCUGAGUCAUGAGAACAAGACGCGCUAUGGAUUUAACUUUACCGAGGCUUUAACUGCUUUUUCCCCACACAACGUGACGCGAGUGAAACGGUUUCCACACAGUAAAAUGCGUGGACUUCGUGAGGGGAAAGUGUCCGUGGACGGUGUGCUGCUGCAGUUGUCCGUGCUCCUCUGUUUGGGUCCUUGCUUAGUUUCCUGCAUCACAGUUAUAUCUCCACCAGAGGUCCAUGCAUCUAGAGGAGACACCGUUACAUUGUCCUGCACUUUUACGUCCACCAGCAGGCCCACCAGUAAAAUGAUUGUUGACUGGUCCUACCGGCCCCAGAGUGGAGGGCCACCACAAACUUUUUUCUACUUCUCUUCGCAAGCCUUCCUCCCAUCUCAGGGUCAGUUUGCUGGACGUAUCGAAUGGCAAGGAAGUCCAGCCCGUGGCGAGGCUUCCAUCUCUCUGAUCAAUGCCACGUUGAACGACAACGGAACCUUCACCUGCUCAGUCAGGAACCCACCUGAUGUCCACGGGUCACCGUCGUCACACACUGUUCUGACAGUCACACCAAAAUCUCUCAGCAUUCGCUUCACAGAUGUUUCCCUCCUGCUCUUUUUCAUCCUCCUGCCCUCCGCUGUCAUUGCCCUCAUACUUAUUGGACGGAUAAUCUGUCCCAAGAAAGAGCACAACCACUCAAAGGCCUACAGAUCACCUAUAGAGGUCACAGAGGGAGAGGAGUACACCAUCAACCCAUCAGUGGCCAGUGUAAAAAAGCCCACAUGCUGUGAUCUAUAUUUAAUGGACUCAGAUGAGGAAGAUAUGUACUACAGCACAAAACAGAGGCCUCCAAAAACAGUUGAUGACGGCUAUGCAGAGUCUCAGUUCUAGAGAAGCCUGCUGGUUCUAAAAAGUAACUGCAUGUAUCCGGUUCUACUUCAUGGCACAUUUGGGAGGUGGAGAAUAGAUAUUACCGUGCAGCAAUCCUGUCUUGUUGUGCCACCUCAGACACACAAACUUGUUAUAAUAGUUUUUAGUUUUUCUUUUUUUUUCUUUUUUUUUACAUUAUUACUUCCUAUUAUGACAAUGUUUUUUUUACAUUGAGACAAAUCAGAAUUAUUCAUCUCUGAGGCUGACACACCGUCUAUUCUAUUUUUUUUUUGCAGUCUUCCAAUCAUGAAAUGAAUAUUAAAUUUGCAGCUUUUAUCCCAACAGAUCCUUAAAUGUAGGAGCUAAUGGUUUUGAUUGUCAUUGUUUCUCUUCUCAUAUCAGUUGUCAAUUGAACCAAACACACAAACACAUGCACUAUCUUUUCUUCACAUCUUCACAGCUUUUGAAUGUUAAACUUUUCUAUUUUGAAGGAGUUAGAUUCAAUUUGUCUAAUUUAUGUUUGUAUCAUAUUCAAAUUUUUUUUGUAGAGAAAAUGCCAAGUUUGAUAUGGACUAUCGAUCAUCGAUCAUCUUUAAUCACUCCGUGGUAUUUAUACCUUUAUGUAUUUAUAGUAUACUGCAGUCGCAAGUGUUGUGUCUGUACAUUAAACAGCAUUUAGUAUCGUUCUGCAUAUAAUUCUGCUGAUUCACUUAAAUAAUUUGCCUAUAUAGUUUAUUUUCUCUUGGUAGAUUGGGUAAAUUUCUAAAAUGUUUUCAGCCAGCUUGUGCAAAAAGUAAUUUAUUUUGACAAUUUAUCUUCACUCAACAUAAAGGGUGCAAUUUGUUUGCCAAAGCUAAUGGCAGGCAGCCGCUGCAUCUCCACCGCUGCCUUUGUUUGCACUGUUGCACUAUUCAUGAAUGGGUCUCCUCCACUAUUUAUGACGUUCCUGAACAUUCCUUUUAAAAACUCCAAGGACUUGCCGGUGCCUCAGAGCUUCACUUGCAAUUUUCCACAGCAUCUGUCUCGCCAACGCAGUUGUGGGACCAGAGACUCUUAUGUGGAUCUAAUAAAAAGCCGCCAAUGAAACGCACAGGAAGUGAUGAGAGACGGUGCUUAUCGCUCGGCUCCUUUUCUUCUCUGUUGCUCAUUCUUCUCAUGCAUAUUACUCGGUUAAGUUUUAAAUAAUUAACUCGCUACAGUGAGACUAUUAUCAUUCCUACCUCAUCUAAAACUACCAUAGCAACAACUUAACCUGUGGCUGGCAGAGAAAAUAGUCUACCUUUUAAAUUGAUUGAAUGAAGAUAUUGGGCUUGCGCUAUAGCUGGAGAAAUUUAAUCCUUAUAUGUAUAUGAACAGUAUGUGCUUGUGUAGAAAAAUUAUGCACACACAAAUUAAACGCUUUCCAUACAAGUUUGGAAAAGUCCAAUAUAAUUCUUAUAAUAUGACAAGUCCCAUCUAUUUGAUUCUACAAUACUGGCUUUUUCAGAGUGAAAAUCUCACUUUAUUUUAUUUUUUCUAUAUGGAUUGUAUAGGGUUUUUUAUUCUUUGAAAAGGAAAUGCAAGCAUCAAGGACUUGACUCAUUGCCAUGAGCAGAAAACCUGUGUGCAGCAACUUUUGCAGCACAAUUGAAUUUAGUCGUGGCUCUAUGAAGGCUGACAGUUCUGUGAAAGUGACUGAUGUGCCUCUUCGGCAUAAAACCCAGAGAGGAGCUGCUGGGAGACAUCCACUGCUGAUGUCGGUGCUCCAUCAGUCAGGUACUAGACCUAUGUCUUUUUUUUAACCCACAAACUUAUACAAAACUUAUUGUUUUUACAUGCAGUAGUGAAUUGUGCAAUUGAGUAAUGCAUGAAAACUCCACUGUCAUAUAUUAGUUAAGAUGGCCAUAAGAAGCAUAUUCACAUUUAAACUUCACAGAUUUUUCCACAAGCGUUUAUAUAUUUUCACUGCAUGACUGAAUAUAAAAUGUAUAAAUUAUAAUUCACACUCCGCAUCUGGAGGUUUUUGGUAGCGGUUCUUAUUGUAAUCUUUGCUUUUCACUUUUGUUGUUAUCACACCGUUGUUUAGCACUGUAUAUUUAAUCACGUUUUCACACAUUCUGCAGCUUUUUUACCUUUGCCCCAGUCUGUUGAAUUAUACCAUCCUCUAAUGAUUGUUCUGCAUACGUUUUGUUCUCUCUCUAAAAAAAAAAAA